AUGACGCCUGUUUCUGAGAUCAUCGUUCCCAAAAAACAUGUAGUAGCGGAAGGGGAUUUGCUGCAGGUCCCAGGCCUCCGUGACCUCCGGGUUGGCCGCGCCUUUGGCUCGGGAUUCAUGGCGCAAAACCGCAUCUACCAGCUGCUGGACGCGACCACGGGCCGCAACGCAGGGCUCGUGCUCAAGGUCUGCCGGCCGUCCGGGGCCGCGCAGCACUCGCUGGCGCACGAGGCGCGCCUGUACCGCAACCUGACGCUGCUGGCCGACAAGUACGGGCCCAGCAUAGGCACCCUCUUCCUACAUGCGCGCGCCGUCCUCAUCCAAGAGGACAGGACCAUCGUGGGCGUGAUUAUCGAGAAAGCCAGCGGACUGAGCAUCGACAAGCGCGUGUCUGACCCGGCGUUUCAUGAUGUGCGCUACGUGCUGGCCCUCCUGGCCGACGUCCUAACCGCGCUUGACGUUGCCCAGCGCGAGCUCGGGGCCCUUGCGUCAUGCCUGGCCGACGGCGCGGGGGCGGGCAUGAGCAUUACAGGGUAG